AUGGCGGGCGGUGGGGCGCUGAGGGCGCUGCCCGCGCUGCUGCUGCUGCUGGCGGCGGGCGCGCUGGGCAAGCCCACGGUGCGGCAGGAGCGGGCCCGGCCCGGAGCCGCGCAGCACGAGGACCGGCCCGGCUUCCAGUACGACCACGAGGCCUUCCUAGGCAAGGAGGAGGCGCGGAGCUUCGACCAGCUCAGCCCGGAGGAGAGCCGAGAGCGCCUGGGGAAGAUUGUGGAUAGAAUAGACGACAACAAAGAUGGCUAUAUCACAACAGAGGAAUUAAAAACCUGGAUUAAACGAGUACAGAAACGCUACAUCUAUGAAAACGUGGCUAAAGUUUGGAAAGACUAUGAUCUAAACAAGGAUGAUAAAAUUGCCUGGGAAGAAUACAAACAAGCCACAUAUGGUUAUUAUCUAGAAAAUCCAGAAGAAUUCCAAGAUGCAACUGAUCAGCACAGUUUUAAGAAAAUGCUGCCCAGAGAUGAAAGGCGAUUCAAAACUGCAGAUCUGGAUGGAGACUUGGCUGCCACUCGUGAAGAAUUCACUGCUUUCCUUCACCCAGAGGAGUUUGAGCACAUGAAAAACAUUGUUGUCUUAGAAACCUUAGAAGACAUAGACAAAAAUGAGGAUGGUUUUGUGGAUCAGGAUGAGUACAUUGCUGAUAUGUUUGCAAAUGAAGAGGGUGGACCAGAGCCUGACUGGGUGAUUACAGAGCGUGAGCAGUUUUCAGAUUUUCGUGAUCUCAACAAGGAUGGAAAGAUGGACAAAGAUGAGAUCCAGCACUGGAUCCUCCCCCAAGACUAUGAUCAUGCACUAGCUGAAGCCAGACACUUAGUCUAUGAAUCUGAUGUAGACAAGGAUCAAAAACUAACAAAAGAAGAAGUUCUAGACAACUGGAAUAUGUUCGUUGGAAGUCAAGCUACUAAUUAUGGGGAAGACCUCACUAGAAACCAUGAUGAACUAUGAUACAAUGUACCAGCUGGUGUGCCACACAUCUUUUCUCCACUUUACUGAAAUCACCGUGUCCAUCCCUCUUAGAGGGAAGAUGGGCAAGGGACACUCACGAGGGAAUGACUUGCAUUAAUAUUAUUUUUAACAUGCCAGCUUAUUACCUCAGAAACCAUGUAGAAAUAGCUUUUUUACUCCUUUCACAUGGUUAAAUACAGUAUAUAAUUACUACAGUUUUAUUUUUGAAUAAAUAAGAAGGUAACUUUCCUGAAUAGGUUAGAGCCUGACAUGGAAAAGGCACUUCUAAAAACAUUGCAAAGAUCUUUAAUAGCCAAGUAUUUUCUUCCAGUACCCGCUUUUGCCAUAGUGAAAUGCACCUAGGAUUAGAGCCCUAAUGUUUAAACAGA